UCCCCAUUCCAAGACUACGGUAAUUCCUUCGUUCGCUGCUAAAGGCCACAGUCUUCUCCUCUUCGCAAAGUCUGCAUCUCUUGAUCGAAUGGCAUUUUCUUCCCAUGCGACUUCAGCCGAAGAUAAUGGCAUAACUGUCAACAAUCCCAGCAAGCAUCAGAGAACAGGUAAAAUUCGCGAUGGGAAUGGAAAUACCCAGGGGAAGAGCUUCUGGGGUGCAGUUAGUUUAAUCAUUGGCACUGCCGUGGGCCCAGGAAUGCUUGGUUUACCGGCUUUGACUAUCAAAUCAGGUCCAUUUCCUUCAACAAUCGUCAUUCUUCUGUCUUGGGUCUAUGUCAUCUCCUCAAUCAUACUUGUGGCAGAACUCAGCUUUGCUACCAUGGAGGAAGAUGGGAUCCAAGAGGUGAGCUUUACGGGCCUAGCUACAAAGGCGUUGGGACGUCGUUUUGGUGCAUUUGUUGCUUUGGUUUACACCAGUCUGAGUUUUUCCUUGUUGGUGGCUUGUGUUGCUGGCAUUGGCGCCAUUUUUUCUCCCUGGUUCCCCUGGCUUAAGGCUUCGGUUGUUCAUGCCUUGUUUCCGCUAGUUGUUGGAAUAUUGAUGGUCUUUUUCCCAUUUAACACUAUUGAUUUCGCAAACCGGAUGCUAUGCUUCCUCAUGCUUUUCUCUAUAACUGCAUUGGUUUGUGUGGGAAUGUCUGUGGCAAGAACUAACAUUAUAAGUUCCUUUGGUUAUGCCUCAUGGAGCCUUUCAUCAAUACUCCCGAUAAUACCUGUGGCUGUACUUACAUUGGGAUUUCAUGUCAUCACUCCAUUUAUAUGUAAGAUUGUUGGGAAUACUGUACAUGAGGCUAGAAAAGCUAUACUGAUUGGUGGGACUGUUCCUUUACUUAUGGUUUUAUCAUGGAAUUUGAUAGUCUUGGGACUUGUAGGGGCUACCAGAACGCCCAGUUCAGGCAAUUCUAAUGACCCUAUACCCCUUUUACUUUCAGUAAAUCCAUCUGCUUCAUCUGCUGUUCAAUGUUUUGCCUUCUCUGCUAUGGCAACUAGCUUGAUAGGAUAUGCCGUAAGCUUGCCUAAACAACUUCUUGACACAUGGGAGUUGAUAUCCGGAAAAUCUACCGUUUCUAAUGGGCAUGGCUGUGGAGGAGUUGGAUUGGCCUUUAAUUCAGGAGAAUCUGGUAUCGGUUGUCCAGGAAAGGUUUCCCUCGGAAGUUCAAGGGAUUUUACCAUGACGUUUAAAGUGAUUGUGACAGUAUCGGUCCUUGCUCUUGCAACCCUCAUAGCUUCGUUCUUUCAAUCUACAUUUUCAAGAGCUCUCGAUUUUGCCGGGGUUUAUGCCAACUGCUUUUUGUUCGGUAUUAUUCCUCCUGUGAUGGCUUACAUACACCAGUCCAAGAAGAAACUCAGGUCAUCAAUACUUCCAGGAGGAAAUGGGGCCCUGCUCUUGCUUUUCAUUAUUGCCGUCAUUUUAGGAAUUUGGCAUUAG